UUGUUAUUACAAAAUACAUAACUGCAGCCUGGAGUAGGGUGGAGAGACCCCAAUUAUUACCAUUUGAUAGGAUGAUUGUUUCGAACUCCAGAACUGCAGCCUACGCGCUUAUCUCCCGCUUGCUUGCCUUCAGCUUCAGCCCACCGAAGCUCCUUUGUUUGCCCCACGCGCGACGCACGUUCUGGAGCUCAGAGGGGGCGGGGCUCCGGGGGGCGAGGCCACGUGUGGGUGCGCAGGUCACGUGGACGUAUAAAAGCGCCCUCCCCCCCCCCGGCCGUUUCCCUCUCCCCCGCCAGGUUGUUAAAGGCCACUGAGCCAACGCGGGAGAGAUUGCAGGGCUCUGCAGCGAAAUGUCGGGCAUCAUCACAGCCUUCUUUCACCUUCUUGUCCUCUGGAGAACAAUCCGGUCACUCAACAACACACAGGGUCUUCUGGACUGUGUACCAAGAAAAACGGUGGUGUACGACUCUGAGAAUUUUAACGUUUUUUGGGAACGAGGACUGUCCCAUUUUUCUACCCUCUUCCUGAGCGAAGAAACCAACAUUUUGUAUGUGGGAGCCAAAGGCUAUAUCCUUGCUUUGGACUUGAGUGAUAUUUCUAAAGAAAUAACCAGGGAGGCCUGGUUUGCCCCAGAGGACAGGAAGCUUGAGUGCCUUCGACGAGGAAAGAGUAAAGCAGAUUGCCAGAAUUACAUCCUCAUUCUGCAGAAGAUAAAUGCCACCAGCUUAUACGUUUGCGGAACCAAUGCAUUUUAUCCUGCUUGUCGUUACAUGGUCAUGGACAAUAGGAAGCUAAAGCUGCUGUCCAAGGUGGUAGAAAGCCGGGGAAGAUGCCCCUUUGAGCCGAGGACACGAUACGCGUCUCUGGUGGUUGACGGUGCACUUUAUUCCGCCACUUCAAACAACUUCUUGGGUUCAGAGCCAAUUAUACUACGGAGUUUGAGGAAUCCUUUAAGGACGGAAUUUAAAGCGUCAUGGCUUAACGAGCCCACCUUUGUUCACAUGGAUCUCGUGCAGGAGAAUGGGGCAGGCUCCGACUCGGACAGAGUUUAUGUUUUCUUCACAGAAGCGGCGGUUGAGUUUGACUUCUAUGACAAACUUCUGGUCUCGCGGGUAGCCCAGAUCUGCACAGGUGAUCUCGGUGGGAGGCGCACCCUUAAGAAAAAGUGGACCUCGUUUCUAAAGGCCACCCUUGUCUGCUCAGCUCCUGAAUCAAAUUUUCAGUUCAAUGUCCUCCACGCUGUCUUCAUGAUCAAAACAACCAACUGGCGGGAAAGCAUCUUUUAUGGGAUUUUCACCCAGCAGUGGGGGAGAUUGGACAUCUCUGCCAUUUGUGCGUUCAGGAUGGAAGCCGUUCAAGACGUCUUCCAGAAAGGAAACUUCAAAGGCCCCCUUGCCGUUGAGAAUUCACAUGCAAAAUGGGUGGUGCACAGGGGAGAGGUCCCCACGCCUCGACCAGGCGCUUGCCUCAACAUUUCUGCCACGCACCAGGAGGGAUACCGCUCUUCCCUUGACUUGCCGGACAGAGUCCUCCAGUUUGCCAGGGACCACCCCCUGAUGGAUGGCACCGUGAACCCUAUCGGCCGCCAGCCGGUGUUGGUCAAAAGAGGCGUGCGAUACACACACCUUGUGGUAGACCAAACUAGCGGCAUGGAUAAUGCAACGUACGACAUCCUUUUCCUAGGGACAGAUAAGGGCUAUUUGCAUAAAGCUGUCAACCUCCAGGGGGAGAUUUUCAUUGUGGAAGAGUUACAGCUGUUUCCCUCUCCAGAGCCUGUGCAGACACUCAAGCUGGCUUCACAAAAGGGCCUGUUGUAUGCUGGGUCUGCCUCCCAGCUCGUGCAGCUCCCCGUGGCGACCUGCAGCCGGUACAAGUUCUGCCUCGACUGCGUCCUAGCCAGGGAUCCUUACUGUGCCUGGUCACUACCUCUUUGCGCCUGCAUCCCCAUGGCGAACUGGUCUGGGGGUUUGCGGGAUCUGAUUCAGAGUGUCAGGAAUGGUGAUGCCUCCAGGUGCCCUGAAGUGGGUAGGGGAAUGUUUUGUGUAUAUAUAUAUUUAUUUAUUUGUUAUUGUUAUUAUUUUCUGCAGAUAAUAGGGUCUGUAAGCAACUACUCUGCCUGGACUAAGAACACCAAGAGGCUCCCUGUCACCCUGGGUAGCAGCCCACAUCUCAGCUGCAGCUCUCUGUCCAACCUGGCCACGUCUGUCUGGAUGUUCAAUGGGAGCAGCCUGCAGAACAAAGAGCCCAAAUAUCUCUUCCACGCCAGGGGACUGGUCGUGUUUAACAUGACGGCUUCUGACGUCGGGCUCUACGAGUGCCAGUCUGUCGAGACAUCCAACGGAAUAGAAUUCCGCAUCUCCAUGUCCACCUAUUUCCUUUACCUUCAGCAAGAGAGCAGCUUCGCCGUGGCUCCCGAGGGCGAUCCAUCAAAUCGGAAGUGCGCCGUCUCUGCAGCUCCGAAGUCGCAGCCCUUGGUAUCUCUCCAGACAGAAGACCUGGCAAGGCUGGAGCGACCCCAGAGAGUCCAAGGGCUCUCGUUCACAUUGGUGCUUUGGGGGGGAGCCUUUGCCCUGCUUUUCCUUUCCUUGCUCUCCUGGAACCUUUACGAGGGCCACCUCUCUCUCCCCUGGAAAAGUGUGUGGAGCAGGAGGUCAGAAGCGGUGGAUGCCGUUGGGGCAGCAAGUCCUGAGCCAGAGCAAGCAGUCUUGAUUCAGGGAAGCUUGGCCGCCUGUCCCAUCUCCGGCUCGGCCAGCGAAUCAGCCCUGUUGGUAAGCUCACCCCAAGAGGCAUGCAGCGCAAAGGCAAAGCAGACCACCAGCUUCGCCGUGGGCAGGGCAGCCUGCUGUUCUUCAAAGUGCCUGGUCAGCAAAGUCCAGCUCACUGACGAAGAAGGCCUUGCAGCAUGA